GAUGGAGAAGGAGAAGAAGGAGAUGGAGGAGGAGAUGGAGAUGGAGGAGGAAAUGGAGGAGGAGAUGGGAAUGGGGAAGGAGAAGGAGAUGGAGGAAGAGAUGGAAGAGAAGAUGGAGAUAGAGGUGGUGGAGGAGAUGGAGAUGGAGGAGAUGGAGGUUGAGAUGGAGGAGGAGAUGGAGAUGGAGAAGGAGAAGAAGGAGAUGGAGGAGGAGAUGGAGGAGAUGGAGGUGGAGGUGGAGAUGGAGGAGGAGAUGGGGAUGGGGAAGGAGAAGGAGAUGAAGGAGAUGGAGAAGGAGAAGGAGAUGGAGGAGGAGAUGGAGAUGGAGAAAGAUGGAAGAGAAGGUGGAGAUGGAGGUGGAGGAGAAGAUAGAGAUGGAGAUGGAGGAGAUGGAGAUGGAGGAGAUGGAGGAGUAGAUGGGGAUGGGGAUGGAGAUGGAGAUGGAGGAGUAGAUGGGGAUGGGGAUGGGGAUGGGGAUGGAGAUGGAGGAGAUGGAGGAGAUGGAGAUGGAGGAGUAGAUGGGGAUGGAGAUUGAGAUGGAGGAGAUGGAUAUGGAGAUGGAGGAGUUGGAGAUGGAGGAGAUGGAGAUGGAGGAGUUGAUGGAGAUGGAGGAGAUGGAGAUGGAGGUUGAGAUGGAGGAGGAGAUGGAAAUGGAGAAGAUAGAGAUGGAGAUGGAGGAGAUGGAUAUGGAGAUGGAGGAGUUGGAGAUGGAGGAGAUGGAGAUGGAGGAGGAGAUGGAGAUGGAGGAGAUGGAGAUGGAGAUAGAAGGCCCUAUUCACUUGCUUGUCCAAUAUACCCUUGCUUUCUGGCCAAAAACAAUUCUGUACGAAUUUUUCAUAGAACAAGAAAGUACAAGAGAGAUGAGAAGAUAGAUAGAUAGAUGUAUAGAUGGAUGUAAAUAAAUAACGAUCAAUGGAUGGAUCGCCAAAAAGCAAUGUUGUAUGAAUUUUUCAUGCAAUGAGAACGAACAGGAAAUAAGGGAAAAUAGAUAGAGAGAUGGAUACAUUGAACGAAAAAUAGAUAGAUAGAACGCCCUAUUAAGUUCCUAUUAAGAGUAGCCCUGGGAGUCGUAGUUUUACAAGGCCUUUAGCCUCAAAAAGGAGCCCUCGGUGGCGCAACAGGUUAAAUCCUUGUGCCGGCAGGACUGCUGACUUGAAGGCUGGGUUGCUGACCUGAAGGUUGCCAGUUCGAAUCCAAGCCAGGGAGAGAAUCCAAGCCAGAGGUGAGCUCCCUCUGUCAGCUCCAGCUCCCCAUCAAUCCCAAAUUGUAUUUUUGGGGCGAGAGGAGUCCUUUGUUCCGCCGACUCAUUGAAAGGCCAGGCAGGGAAGAAGAAAGGAAGGAAAAAGGGACGAGUGGAGUGGUAUUUAUUUAUUUCUACGCUUGUUUCCUGGGGCUAUUUAUAUAUAUAUAUAUAUAUAUAUUCCUUCUUCUUCUUCUUUUCUUCUUCUCCUUCUCUCUCUUCUCGUUCCUGCGAGAAGUAUUAAAACGCAGCUGGGGACGGAGUUGUCUCCCAGCGUUCGCUCCCGAAAUCAAAGCAAACGUGGAAAAAAGAAAAGGGAAAAAAAGCAAAACGAUGCAUCGUCGCAUUUCUGGCGGGGGUGCUUUUCCCUUUUUUGAACCAUCAUAACAAUCAAAACUUUUGAGCCAAAGUUUUGUUGUCUUGUGCGUUUAUCCCGGGAGCGUUUCAGGUUACGAAUGCAAGCCGAGGAUGCGAAGGAACUCUCAAAGUUUUUUUGGGAUGUAUUUCUUUGGACUUGGGCAAAGGGGCCCUUCAAAGGACAUCUAGUCUGACAGUAAUAAUAAUAAUAAUAAUAAUAAUAAUAAUAAUAAUAAUAAUAAUAAUAAUAAUAAUAAAUAUAGUCUUAAAGGCUUCCCAAGCUAAGUCAUAUUCCUAUUAUGGGUCCCAAUGAAAGCAGAAACAUUUACUCAAUGGCAUUCAUUGGACUAUGUGCAAAGGGGCCCUUCAAAGGACAUCUAGUCUGACAAUAAUAAUAAUAAUAAUAAUAAUAAUAAUAAUAAUAAUAAUAAUAAUGUCUUAAAGGCCUUCCAAACAAAGACAUGUUCCUAUUAUGGGUCCCAAUGAGAGCAGAACCGUUGAAUCAAUGGCAUUCACUGGACUAUAUGCAAAGGGGUCCUUCAAAGGACAUCUAGUUUGACCUUAAUAAUAAUAAUAAUAAUAAUAAUAAUAAUAAUAAUAAUAAUAAUAAUAAUACAGUCUUAAAGGCAUCCUAGGCUAUUACCUAUUCUCAUUCUGGGCCAUUGACUCAAUGGCAUUCAUUGGACUAUGUGCAAAGGGGCCUUUUAAAGGACAUCUAGUCUGACCUUAAUAAUACUAAUAAUACUAAUACUAAUACUAAUAAUAAUAAUAAUAAUAAUAAUAAUAAUACAGUCUUAAAGGCAUCCUAGGCUUUUACCUAUUCUCAUUCUGGGCCAUUGACUCAAUGGCAUUCAUUGGACUAUGUGCAAAGGGGCCCUUUAAAGGACAUCUAGUCUGACCAUAAUAAUAAUAAUAAUAAUAAUA